GAAAGACUCACAGCAUACCCAUCUGCUGACAUCCCAAGAAAGGGGAAAAGAAACGAGACUGGGAGGAAGAGGACCCCCUCUCUUGGGACUCCCUCUCCCAAAACCAGCUGAGCGGGGCAGCCGCGAGCUGGGAUUGACAAACCGUGAAGGAAGAUCCUGAAGGAGAUCCUGAAGCAGUGACAGACUGUUUGCUCCCGGACUCUGUCUAAGGGGACUGCUUUCGCAUCAGUGCUGUUCCCAGGUAUGGCACAGAGUGGGACCAUGGAAGGAAAAGAGACGUCGCCAUGUCAUCAUUCAGAGGAGAGCAGCAUAUGGGACCUACCCUCUGUUUGUGACCUAGCAGAGUGCUUUCUGCCUCCACACAGCUCUGAAAACAGCGAGGAGCUUUUUCGUUCUGUGGAUACUUUUCCCUCUCUGCCAACAGGAGAGAACGAUUUACCCUCUGCAGUUCCUGCAAGCUUUUCUGCUGGAGGCUCUGAGAAAACAAAUGUGAGAUGUUAUCCAAAAGCGGGGCUGUGUGAGCCCACUGAACCUAAUGAUGCUGCUCUCUCAUGGAUGUAUGAACAUGAUAGUGCGGAAGAUACCAGUGUCAGGAAAUGUCUUGAUGGCUUCUACAAAAUGCAUUGCAAAAAACGGCCAGACAGAAUGGAUCCCACCUAUGAGGCUGCAUCACAGUGUCUGUCGCAGAAGAUUUCAGAGCUAGCAAACCGGGAUGGAACAAAAUAUGCGUCACGUUGCUUGCAAAUGGCCCAGGUGGUCUUGAACAGAGAUGGGUGUAAGAUCUUUCCAAACCACCCCACUACUGCUUGUUUUUCAAAGCCAGCUGAGGGAGAAGUUGUCUUAGAAGACAGAAAGAGAACACCCGGACUCUCAGAUGAUGUCCUGCAAUUCCUCUUGAAAGAAACAUGGACAGAGCAUAGCCCUGACAUGCCACAUGAGAAGUGAGCAAGAUGCUGGUUUGUUUCUGUCAUUGGAGCUUGGCUUUCACUCUGAAAAGAGGUGACUUUCUUGGAAAGACACUGUUCCUCUUAGCACCACCUUCAACACCACAUAUUCCAUGGACGGGUUCAUCUGGGUCAGACCUUGCCACCUUGGCCUCUGCAGGGCAGCACCACAUAAGGAGCAUCUGUGGUCCCUGUGUAACUGCUUGGGGUGUGUUGACUAAUCGGGAUGGGUGAUGUGUGAUACAAUGUCUGUUGCUGGGACAUCAAAUGUGAUGAUUUCUACAUACCAGGCUUUUAAAUUGACCUACAUCCCUACCCCAGCUGAACAGUGGCCCAGCCCAAAUUCGGCCCCUGUGUGGGCAUGGAUGUCCAAGUGCUGUUGACUAUAACAGACUGAUUGAAUGAGCUUGGCACGGUAUGCCCCAGACCUAGGGAGGAAACUUAAGAUUUUGAUCUGUACCUGACUGAUACUGUAAUGCCUAUGCCUCCACGGGGGUGCCUGAUAGCUGUGUGUGUUUAUCUACAGGCAUAUGAUCCCACAGGUCAUGACUGCAAUGCGGGUGAGCUUUUUCGACAGUAAAAGUGUGUGUGUGCAUGAGAGAGAGAGGAAAUACAGCUUCUGAGCAGGUUUUUUUUUUUUUAACAGGAGGGAUAAAAAAAGAGAAAUAAAAGCUAUAUCACCUUAGUGAUGUUUCUAACACUUCAAAUGCACCAGCUGAGCAGACUGAGGAUUUUUUCCUAUCUAUAUGAGCUGGUUUAAGAGCAACCUGAAAUAGAUUCAUGAGCAAAGGCCCUGCAGAGGUGUCCAUAGGGAAGCUGCGGAGUUGGUGCCAGCUGCCCUGGUAGCUGCCUGCUGUAAGAUGCAGAGUAUCUAGGAAAAGCAGAGCUCACAUCUCAGCAUGCCCAAGACUGUGGGUCACUUGGUUGAUUCAGUAGAGGCAAUGCUGCUUUCUCCAGCUCUCUCCCUACCCAUUAGCCCCUGCUGAUUUCUGCUACCAUGGGGUCUGAGCCCAGAGCUUUCACAGAGAGGAAGCCAAUGCUCAUUGCUUGAGUACACUCUAUUAUCUUUGUUGGCACUGCACCAGACCUUGUGAUUACCUUCCUGGUGUGUUGAUGGAUGAAGGAAAAUGUUCUGUGAGAUGUUUGAACCAUGGAGGUGGUUGCUCUCCAGUAGGGAUCAUCUGGCGUUGGUUGGUUACAGCAAAGGUUUGCUUCUUCUAACAAGCUCUGCUGCUGUUUAUACCCAGAACUUUCUUGCUCUGGGUUUAGUUGGCAAGAUCACCACUGGCUGCAGUGGGAACUGGCCCCAUGCACUGGUUGCCCAGCUUGAGUUGUGGUGACUAUCGCUUGCCCUAUGACAUUAAGAGGUGACCUGAAGGACUAAUUCCGAGCAGUUGGUUUUGGUCACUGCCACCUGGGGAAUUUAAAGUGCUCUGGGUCUGAUGCAUCACUAGGAAUUUGGCAGGCCUAAUUCUCCUUUGCUUUGUGCUUGUGGAAACUGGGAGUGAAUCCCAAGGAAAACAGCUGCAUGAGGGGUGCAGACCUGGGCUCCCUCUGUCAAAGUCUUGGUGGGAAGGGUGCUGCUGUCGCGCAAGGCUGCAAUUCAGGCCCCUCUACUCAGCAUGUGGGAGCCCUUUGAAGUGGUCAACCAGGAGCAAGAAGAGCUUCCGAUCACUCUCUGGACAGGUUGUGUCAGCCAUUAAAGUUAUGCUUUACUGCCUGCAGUUAUUCUUAUAAAUGUUCUGUUCUUGAAUGAUGUAUCAGGCUCUAAAAGAGACACCUGGGGGGAGAAGAUAGUUAUGUGGUAGUUCUUAUGAGGGUUGCCAGGCCCACUGCUUUGAUGUAGUUUUUGCUUUGUUUCACAGCUUGCUUGGGGGGCUUGCAAGUCAAAGAAACCUUCUGGAAAAAUUCUGAGCUUUGUCUUCUCCAAACUUUUAUUGUUAGAUUUUCAUUAAAAUUUAGAAUAAACCUAAUUAUUUUAUGGCAGAUUUUCAUAUUUUAGGUGCUUACAGAAGCAGAGGAGAGCCCAGCUGGAUAAAUUAGGCUCCAAAAUCCCAUUGAUUUUUAAUGAUAACAAAACAAGCUAAAUGUUUAGGGGUGUCUGACAGUCUUGUCAGAUAUCUGGUGUUAGGAGCCGAAACAUGAUAGAGUUUAGAAUACCUGAUCACGGCUACUGUGAAACAAAUUCUGGAGAAACACUUAAUUUUAGGAGGUGUUUCACUGGGAUCUUAUAGUUCAGUCACUUUUAUUAAGUUAAACAAGACUGCAGCACAGAGAAUAACACUCAUCACUCCUUUUCCCACUCACUGCUAAUUAAUUUUUUACAAACCUGUGCUGGAACCUGCUGUAUGUAUUUCCUAGUCUGCUGAAAGCCAAGCCAUUUGUAUUACUCAUUCCCUUGACAAACAUCUCUCCUCGAUUUCUUCAAGACAUGGGGAGAUGAAUGCAUCCCUCUCCUUUGCCCAGUGUUCCAAGCAAGGCUCACCAAUUGCUUUGAAUGGGCUGCACUUGAAAGAAGCACAGUCCUAUUUGGCAUUUUAUGAUGCUACGUAGAAGAAAUUGUAACAAUGACUAUUACCUCUGGUGAGCAACAGCAAGGGGCCUAACUUAUGUCUGUUUGAAUUUCUUAAGCUGAUUUGCAGUUAUAACUAAGAUGUUUUGCUUUGAAUUAACAAAGUUGGAUUUUUUUUUCCUCC